UUUCUCAUUUAGACAGUAAAUUAUUAAUGACAAUCGAAACUAUUAAUACUGGGGAUCGAAGGGCUGCCCCCAGUGAUUGACGGGCCUAGACAAGAAGACGCCAGACAUCUGGACAUGCGAGGGGGGAGAGGAAGAACGAUGUCCACGCCAAAAGUGAAACCACCGAAAUUAAGGAAACACAGUCACCAUGUGUUUUUCGCCCAUCACGAGGAGGAGGACUACCUGAUUACACCCGUCGUUGACGUCCUGGAAAAACUUGGCUUCACAUGUAACCACUCCGGGGCCUGCGUCCCCGGCGGGUGGGUCGUCGAGUUUAAUCACGCAUCCAUCGAGCAGGCCAAAAGAGUCGUCUUCUGCCUGAGUCCCGACUUUUGGGGAAACCCAUUGUGCCUGAACCUGUUGCAGCACGCUAUGUGCGUUAGGAACCUGAAAAACCUGAAGAGUAUUCAAGUGGAACGCUGCAAAGUUCCAGAAAACUGGAAAAAACUUCAAGCUGAUCUAGGCAACAUUUACCGUGACCCUACUGGUACUGUCCAGAGAUUGGUAUGGUUUUUGAGGAAGCCUAGUAAAGGUCCGUUGCUAUGGAGACAGACCAGGAGAGCCGUGAGAAGCGCGGUGAAACGUGCUAUCUGCAGCGACAUGAGGAAGCACGGCGCCGCCAGCCAACUUUCCAGAAGCAUUAAAAUGGUGUCCUACUCCAAAGUAGCGGAACUCAAAGUCACGUGCCCUUAUCCACCAUGCGUGUUCAGCGGCACUGUCAGGGAGAUGGUUAUCCACGAGAGUGUUUGCGAUCACGUGCCGAUCUCAUGCCCUCACCCUCAGUGUAGCCAGAGUGGACCCAGAGCAACUCUCCGUGAACAUAUCAAAACAUGCCCGUUAAAAACACAGCACCAGACACCAGUGAGCAAUAGACGAGAGAGUAAAGCAGGAAAGAGCUUGGUGAAGUGGAUCACGUCGCUUUUCAAAGCCAAGCCAGUCAAAGAGAAUGACCUGCCCUUCAAAGCCAGCCAGCAGUGUCCUGAUUUCGUCCCCGUAGUCUGCACCAACCCGGGAUGCAAGGAUCUGGUCCUACCCAGCCAGUUGGAGAGACACCUCUCCGUGUGCAAGUUUGCCACGGUCACGUGUCCGUACAAGUCUCUGGGCUGUCCCCAUGAUCUCCUUCAUCGCUGGGAGCUGGUGGAGCACGUGGAGAGGUGUGAGUUUGCCUCGUACCACUGCAUCUCUGGGGAGACGAUUCUGAGGAAGAGUAUCAAGAACCACGAGCCCCUUUGCUCUGCCAGGUAUACCACGUGCCAAGCGUGCAGUAGCAGAGUGGAAAGACAUGACAUUCGACAUCACAAACGGUUCCAGUGCCCCAAGACCCCGGUGUUUUGCGAGCACUGUUGCUCGUGGGUCACUGCAGGAAAAUACCAGGAACACAUACGAACGCAGCAUGUAGUCUCAGAAAACAAGAAAUCAUGUAUUUCUGAAGAAUACAUCGGUGUUGAAUAUAACGGACCAUCUGCAGACAAAAUUCACCAACUCGUCGGAAGUUUUAAGUCCGAAGCUGCCAUAAGGGAGGGUCGUUUCACCGACAGCGGAUCAUAUGUUCCCUGGUCUGAAUUAGAAGAAUCUCUAAGCAUUCAGAAUCGGAAGAAGUCACCAACAAAACAAGUGAGACGAGGCAAUUAUACUGGGACACCAUCAGUAAAUACGGGACACAUUAGAACACCAUCAACAAAGACGGGACUGACUGGGACACCAUCAGUAAAGACAGGACACAUUAGAACACCAUCAACAAAGACGGGACUGACUGGGACACCAUCAGUAACAACGGGACACAUUAGAACACCAUCAACAAAGACAGGACCAACUGAGACACCAGCAGCUUGGGGAAGGUCGAUUGGGACACCACCAUUUAGUACAGAAUCGUUUUCGACACCAUCAGUAAAAACGGGACUGAGUGGGACACAACCAUUUUGUACAAAAUCGACUGGGACACCACCAGUAAACAUAGGACUGAAUGGGACACCACCAUUAAAGACAGAACCGACUGGGACACCACGAGUAAAUACGGAACUGAGUGGGACACCACCAUUUAGUACAGAAUUGACACAAUCAGCUAAGGCAGAACCGACUGGGACACCACGAGUAAAGAUGGGACUGAGUGGGACACAGCCAUUUAGUACAAAAUCGACUGGGACACAACCAGCUAAGACAGAACCGACUAGGGCAACACCAGUUAGAGCAAGAUUGACUGACAUGCCACCAAUUGAGACGGGACCGACUGGGACACCACCAGUUAUUACAGAACUGAAUGGGACCACACCAAUAAAGACGGUAUCGAAUGGGACACCACCAGUUAGUACAGAACUGAAUGGGACCACACCAAUAAAGGCGGUAUCGAAUGGACCACCACAAGUAAGGGGAAGAUUGCCGACUGAAGUGACCCCAAAAGCAACAUCAGGUCUUGCUGUUGACGAUAAACAACGUGAAAAGCAAGUGGACAGCAAUGCUUUUGAAACGAAAUCUACCACACUAGAGGGCGCAUUUGGCGAACCAGGUGGUAAAAACAAGCAUGGUGGUGCCACCAAAGAGAACCACCCUCGAGAAAAUAGCGAACCAAGUCUUGGAGUUAACAGGGCAUUUUCUUUUAGGAUGCGCCGCACGGUCAGCGAGAAUACCCAGAAAAAGGAUGUGGGGACUAGCAGAUCAUUUUGGACCUUUAUAAAGACCGUUUUAAAGUGGAAACCAGGGCCUCAAGUGGUGGAAUUGUGCCCCUUUAAUUUGGAAGACCUCGUCCAUCUCCUUUGUGUUGAAAGCUUGAUUACCAGGAAAGAGAAGACGGAAUUCAGAGACUAUGCUAGAAAUCUCGCCGUCUACAAACAGUCGCCGAACAACGCCCUCUAUCGUGCCAUUGAGGCCUGGAAUAGUGGGUUAUUCGGGAUAAUUCAAGAGGUUGCCAAGUCUUUCCAUUCAGGAUGCAUUACACCAGACAGAGACUGUCUUUCUAUCAUCCGUGAUAAGUACUAUGACAAGUUGAAAAGGUCACGAAAUGCGGAAAGAAACGGCCCUGGUGCCCUUCCAUCGAACAUGACCGGUCCUCCGCCGCGCAAGAUUGCUGAAGUAUUGUUCUUUAAAACGCUGUGAUAAGUUGAAAGUGGUCGUAAAUCUACGGCUGUUACUAUCAAAGUCAAGCGUCUAAUGACAUUACAUAUCUUUUAAAAGAUAUUUUUAUUCUUUUUUAUUAAUUUUUAUUAUUAUUUUAUAAUUUUUUUAUUAUUAUUGAAAGCUGCUUUCUAUAAGCCAAGUACAUCCUUGCAUUAUCUGAGCUCCGCGAAAAUGUCAUGGAUUUUAAGAACCACCGGAAGUCAAUUCAGCAUCAUUUUACGGUGACAGUUGGACCAUCGUAAUUUGAGGACGUGACGGAUAAGAGCUGCUUUUACUCACUGUAAAGUUAACAGAAGACAGGGUUCAUAAUUAUAAAGUACCUUGCACAUUUUAUACUGUAUAUGCACAUGACUUCUUUCAGCCUGUUUCCACAAGAGGCAAGUGAUCGAACCCAAAUACUGAAUGCUCUAUGAAACCACGAUUUUUUUGCUGAGAACAAAUUUUAAUAUAAUAGUGCUGAUUUUCAAUCUCGAUUGAUUGAUUCAUAGAUUGAUAAGUUCAUUGAUCGAUUCAUUGAUUCAUUAAUAAACAAUUUAUGAAAUUUCGACGGCUAUGAAUACCCACAGGCAAACUAAAAUCAGGGCUUCGUUAUGUCUCAGAUGUGUAUAAAUAAUUUAAUGAAACAAUUCACCCC